UUCAAAAAUCUGAAAUUCCAAACUGACCUUUCAGACCGUUGCUAGUAAUUUGCUUGCUAGCUAACCAUCUAGCUAGUGAAAUUAUUUAAAUUUCACCUGGAGCCUGUCUAUCAAAUGAAGUGAAACAGAGGUGCAAACUAGCCAGGGUAGUUUGCAAGAUGGGGAUGUCAUUGUCAUAUCCACUGGUGAAAGAGCCAGAAAGUUAUGUUGAUCCUGAUUUCAAUGAAGACUCUGACGAGAUGAAUUUUGCAAUGGAAAUGCAUGAGAUUAAUCUGCGCUACACAUAUGACAUGAUCCAGCAGAGGAUCCGCUCUAUCAAAGAGACCGCCAAAUUUGACAAGUAUAGCUAUGACUGGAACACCAGUGUGUUGGAUCUGAAGAACAAGUUUCCCCACUGGACAGCUGAUGACCUGCUCAACAUGAGAUGGCAGUUUGAGAUUUUUGACACCAACAAAGACCGCCUGCUGGACUUCAGCGAGUUUUGCGCUUCUCUGAACAUGGUCAAUGAUGCAUCAACUAUGGAGGCCAGAAAAGAGAUGUUUAAUACGGCAGACAAGGACAACUACAAGUCCAUCAACUUUGAGGAGUACCUCCAGCUGAUGUAUGACCUUAAGCAGGGCACCCCGGUCCCCAAGCCUCUCGAGAGCGAGGACGACAAGGACACGGCCACCGGUGACAUCAUCUGUGAGGUGGCACGCAUGGACACCUUCCAGCAGAUGUGCUACGGCGUCUUCUAAACACAAAUACACGCACCUCAUAAUAUGAUGGAUUUGUUGUGCUUUAACUGAAUUGAGAAAAUUGUAUAAAUUGGCUUUAUAUAAUUCAAAAUGAUUAAAUAUACAGUAAUUUUCCCAA